GAUACCAAUCAUUUUAUUAAGCAUACCUCUUCAUUUGUAGGAUAAGCGGAGUUACCAACAACUAGAUCAAACGAAACAAGCGAGCAUAUUCCUAUAAGUAAAACAUAAACUCUGCUCUACAUCAUAGUUACUCUCAAGCCCUUGAUAAGUCUACCUGCGCGUAGCCCCUCGUGAGAAAAGACAUCAUGAGCCACACACAAGACAAAGCGCACUCGUCCGCCAUGCUCAGCGCCAUCCUCGAGGGUGAGAAGGCCCAGCAGCAGCAGCAGCAACAACCACAGACCUCCUCCGACUCAGCCUCCAUCUUCUCGACGAGUUCCUUCGGCAGCGCCAAGGCCCUGCUCAAGAAGCACAGCAAGAGCAAGCCCACCAGCAAGAAAGACAGUUCCAGUUCCAGCUCCUGUUCCAGUCCGGGUUCCGGCUCCGACUCCGGCUCAACCGAAACCGAGCUUAUGAGGACCGCGCAGAAGAACCAAGUAAAAAUGGGUUUCUGACUAGCGCUGCAGUGACCAUUUGCGGCGAAGCUGUUCUUGCUGUCUAUCCUAGGCAGAGAAACGGCUGCUCAUGGUCA